UGGACCACACAGUGAUAUAGAGAUAGGGAGUGGAGACAACAUGAAAGGAAGCUCAAGUCAAGAACCAAAUCUUCAGCUACCUGUACCUAACUUAAAAACUCAUGGUCUCAAAGAAGAACCAAGUAACAGCACAGAGGAAACAAUCUCUGCCCAAAUAGUGUCACACUUGGAGAUGUCACUGUUUGUGCCAAUGCAAGCAAUUAUUGGGAAGGUGACAUCACGAGGGAGUAUGAGGGUUCCCACAUCCCCCAAAUGUGCUUCUUUUCCUGUGAAUCUUGGAUGUUCUUCUGGGCCACAAAGUGACACAGAAAAAGGGAGUGGUGAUACUCUUCAGACUACAGCAAGCUUCCUUGACAAUACAAUAAAAGGCAAAGAAAGUGAAAACAUCAAGGAGGAAAAAAAGACCCUCAAAAAAUCAGUGAUAUUGAAUGUUGCCCCAGUGACUGGAAUGGAAUCUAAGAAGAAUAUUGAGACUUGUGCCACCCAAACAGAAGAAACAUCUAUACUAUUAGUUUCUCAUAAAGCAGUACAGAUCCCUGAAGAGCCAGGAAGUGAAUUACAAAGCUCAGAUCCCUCUCCAUCUUUUUCAAACAUGAGAUUUGUGGGGCAGAAGGGGAAACCAAAUAGAAAGGAAAGAAAAUGCAAGGGAAGAGGGAAUGUCAGCAAUUCAGAAGAGGAAGACCAAGCUGAGAAGAACAAAAUUAAAAGAAUAGACAAGAAACAGAAACUAGAGACUGUCAAAGUUCUAAGAAGGAGAAGCAUAUGGUUCCAAAAGAUGACUCUUGGAGAUCUGCACCCACUGUAUACACCACGUCCUUGCAGAAUCUAUCUGCUCACACUUGAAGGUACCCACACAGAGACAGCCACCAUCAUCAAUGGAGAUAGACAGUAUGGGCUUGAUCCAGAGGAGAGAGAGGAAGUCACUCUUGAAGAAGGACUGAUGACACAGCUUGUGCAAAAGGGCAAGAAAACAAUACAGGAGACACUCCCAAAGGUCAAAGUGAGGAGGUCACUGAAACAGCAAGUGAAGAGGUGGCUGUUUCACGGACCCCACGGUUGUAUCCGGCUGGUUCCGGACAAAUCCCUGCAUCUGGCUUGGACGGUGAACCUUGCUAGAGUCCAGCCGCGAGGACUCCGGGGUGGGCGAGGGUGCGUUCGGCUGUUACAAAGGGUGCCCCCUCACCCUCCAGAGCUGCCGUGCGGAGCGCUGGGUCUGGGUGGCGCGGAGCGCGGGAGACCUGGAGAGCAGGAGCGGGGGUGGGACUGGAGGGGAGCGUCCGUGGGCCUGUCCUGGGGCUUUCGCGGGAGAAGCUUCUGUAGAGAUGUGUGGUGUGUGUGGCGGGCAAUCCAGACUAUAGUAUGUUAA